UUUUUUCGAAUGUCGGUGAAGCUACUAUACAAAUAUCGCUAACGCUUAGCCGCGAGUAGCUACUUAGCAACAACAGCAAACACCCAGUGCCACACAGCGCGCUCUUAUUGCAGUCGUUAUACAGUGUUUGUCCCCUAGCCGUAUGAUACAUGGACAGAAAUUUUCACGUUUUACAAACAAAACGUUUUACACUGCGUUGUUGUUCACCAAGCUUUACCUUAACGUUAGCAUUAGCUAACGAACUAGCUGCGUUCUUUGCGGGCGUGCUAGAGAUAUUUCACGCGUGUCACGGGUUUUCGAGUGGGACAGAACUUAGAAAACACGCAGCCAGGAGUAAAAGAUCUUAAACAUAAAUAAAAAGAGCGUAAAACUAAAAGCACAAGUUAUAUCUCGUUAUCUAUUUUAUUACAGUGAUACAUCCACAUCAUUGUGGCUCGUUGGUCUAGGGGUAUGAUUCUCGCUUUGGGUGCGAGAGGUCCCGGGUUCAAAUCCCGGACGAGCCCACUUUUUUUAUUGAGAAGACUCUGUUUCUCUAUCUAUCAGUUCAUUUUACUUUUUACUUUUUGAAUAAGGGGGAGGGGCUUAAUGGGCUCGUUAUCACUGUUUGACUACCCUUACCCCUCUCCUCCUGCAAACAUCCCACACCCGUUUCUCCACCUGCCCUCCGACAAACACUAAACAAAGCGCGUCUCCUCCGCCCUGCUUCCCCAGCUGUUGUGCUGUGAGGGGUUUGGGGCAUGCGAAGAGAGAGAGGGAGAGAGAGAGAGGGAAAGAGAGAGAGAGACUUCUGUUCUCGCCCCCACAAAACACAUCAGACACUCCCAACAGGCGGCAGACGAGCCGGCUCUCCCUCUCUAUUCACCUAGGACUGAAGGAGCAUCGAGUCUGUCACGGAAUAUAUGCAAACUAGAGAAGCAAACUGGGAACCAGGACAAAUCAUCUACUUCAACAAGCCCUUAUCACAAGUGUCACUUCCUAAAUAGUGUCAUUACGAGUCAUUUUUUACUGUUAGCUUCCGGUUCGGCUCGACCAUGGUUCUGUGUGAGGACGGUGAGUGCAGCGUCUGCCUCUCGCCCUACUCGAGGAUGGACAGGAUCCCCCGGGUGCUGCACUGCAGGCACACCUUCUGCGAGCCGUGCCUGGAGACGAUGUCCCAGGCCAGGAGCGGGCUGCUGACCGUGGGCUGCCCUCUGUGUCGCCGGGUGACCUGCAUAGGCCGCGGCCUCAGCCUGCAGGAAGCUCUGUGGGUCAACAGCCGGCUGUGGGAGCAGAUACCAGAGGACGUGGACGCAGAGGCCGAGGAGGAGGAGGAGGAAGAAGAGGAGGGGGAGGAAGAAGACGGACUGAAGCAGGAAGCGGAAGGGGAGAGGAUAGAGGCUAAACAGCAACCUUCAUCACAGGCAGAAUGUGUUUCCUCCAGGUCCUCCAGAACAAAGCUCAAAUUACCCGCCUUCUUCCGAAAGUUCAGCCUGACGAAGCAGCACCAGGAGAGGAUCGUGCCUGGCAGCAACGUGGAAAUGAAAUCCUGGCGCAGACUCUCAACUGAGGAGACAGUUUAAAAAAAAGGACAAAGAGUAAUGUCACAUGACGCCUCGUGAAGACCUGACUCAGCCUUGUCAGUGGAAGGAAAGUUGAAGCCGUUAGGACCCAGGAUCCAUUUGUGCUCCUGUCAGGACAAUGUUUUGUCCUCAGCCAAAGGUGCUCUGUCUCCCCAUUAUUUAUUCUAGGCUUAAUUCUCCCAGCUGGUGCUGUGGGAUUUGGUUCAGCUGUCCCAGUGGGGCUAACACCCCGAGACCCCCCUCAUAACAGAUGGUCUCCUGAGGACGUUCCCUUUUACCUAGCCACAGCUGAACAUUGAACAUAACAUAUUGUUUUCUUUAAUUUAUGAUAGUCGACAAAGUAUUUAAUAAAAAAAUAUUUUUUAA